AUGACUUACAUCCCUGUCUCAGACAACCCGCGGGGGAUCACGAUUCUCGCAGUCUUGUGGCCCUUGACUGCCCUCUCGGCCGCCUUCCUUGGUCUUCGACUUUACUGCAAGAUCGUCCGACGUCGCCAGCUUUGGUGGGAUGACUAUUUUAUCAUCGUCGCCUGGAUUCUUCUCCUCCUCAGCUGCGGGGCCACAACGGCGAAUGUCCGUCUCGGCUUCGGCCUGCACUUUGAGCAGGUUCCCGUCGAGAAUCUGAUUACCUAUGGCAUCCAGAGCAACAUAUCCGGCUUCGCCUCUAUCAUUGCCGUAGCCUGCAGCAAGACUUCGUUUGCCAUAACACUGCUCAGGCUGACUGAUGGCUGGAUGAAGUGGUUUAUUUGGGGUCUCCUUGUUCUCCUGAACGUCACGCACUAUUUGAGCGCGCUGUUCUUCUGGGUCUCGUGCAAUCCUCCAGCCAAGACGUGGAAUGCCAUGCUUCCGGGGGAGUGUUGGCCAACCAGCGUCACCAUCAACUACAGCUUGUUCACAGGAGCAUGCUCCGCGUUCUGCGACUUCGCCCUUGCCUUACUCCCCUGGAGGCUGCUGCUCAGAUACAACAUGUACAACAGAGAGAAGAUUGGGGCGGCGAUUGCUAUGAGCAUGGGUGUCUUUGCUGGCAUUACGUGUAUCAUUAAGAUGACCACGAUUCCCCUCCUGUACGACAGCGACUUUAGCUACAACUCGCUACCGCUCGUCCUAUGGGGCUUCGUCGAGCCCGCCUGCACCAUCGUGGCCGCGUCGAUCCCAAUGAUGCGCCACCUGUUCAAGAAGCGCGGAUUGUACGACACGCCGACCGAAGUGGCGAGCACGAGCGUGCACGACUCGAUCCACAGCCAAAACGUCAGCGGCAGCGCCAACCACCGUGCCUACCAACAACAACAAGAAAAGCAACGGCAGCAGCAGCAGCAGCAGCAGCAGCAGCAAGAGCAAGAGAGGCGCCACGCCUAGCUCGGCCACGACAACCACAGCGACAUGAACACAUUGGGACCCCAGCCGAAGAGCAGCAGCUCGUACACGCUAGGCAUGAGCAGCGAGGGCGGCGGGGCGGCCGAGAAGUCCACCGCUGUCAUGUACGAGAUGACUAGUUUUGGGAAGCGCGGCGGGUAAAGGUUCUUUGGGUUGAAGGAAGCGCUUGAAGGCCGUUUAUUCCCCGUUUUAAUCUUAAUCAUCCCAUUCCAUUCCAGUCUUUCUCCCGCUCAGUGUUCUUGUUCAGUGAUGCCUUGCAGGCUUUUGUUUGGGUUAUCUUGACAGGUCGGCCGCAACUUUUGAUGUCUGGUUCACCGCACUAACAAGAAAGGGCUUUGGGGAAUGGGAUGAUCAUUGACUUUUUGGCGGCCCGAUGUCAGUGAUGAACGUCACCAGUGUGCU